AUGUUUCCGUCCACCAGUUUUAUGAUUUAUUUCCUACAUUUUACUGCAUCUCCAUUUUCCGCAUACAUUUCACCAUCUUCAAAUCGAAUCUACUACAAAUUAAUGUGGAGAACUUCUCUGCUGUGUUCGAAUUCAAGUGAGAAAACAUUGGAAUUUAACAAAUCCGUAGCAACCGUACAGCUGAUAGAUGACAAGACUCAUGUAGGGAAGUGCGCGCUCAAAUGUCAGACGUCAAGCAAAUUUUGUUUUGCCUUCCAGGUUAACGUAAUGAAUUCCGCAUAUGCUGGGAGGUGCAAUGUGUUUUGUUAUCAUUUUGCUGAUAUGCCUGAUGCUAUCUUUAGAAACCUCUACGAUAACUGCUCUUUGUACUUGGGCGCAAAACCUAUUUACAUGAACGUUUCAUCGUGGGGUUUUAACGACCUCAAUCGCAACUCACCGGGUUCAAACGCAGUCGAAAUCUUAUGGAAAGAUAAUUAUUAUUCCUCAGUUGGCACAAGAGGUGUGUUUGCGUACAAGUUGAACAUGGAAGACCACACCUUGUACGAUUCCCAAUACUUUGCAUACUACACAAUAACAAGCGACGCGGCACGAAUGAAGAAUUAUCUUCAGAGUGCCCCAAAUGGCACAGUUGUGAUCGGUCGAACAGGUGACGAACCUUACAGCAACAUCGCACUCGUAGCAGCCUACCUCAAAAGUGUCAACUUGGACGUGUCCAGUCUGGCCUACAGAGGCAAGUGGUUGUUUGUGUGGCAGCAGGGUGCCCCCGAGAAAACUCAAUCAUUCAUUGACAGUGGGAAGUUUGUGCUCUCCAAACAGUUCCUUCUUUGCAAUAUUGGUUGUAUGAUGUUUCCAUCGUGUUGUUGA